AUGGCUCGCAACACCAGAUCCCCCAGUCGGAGCUUGGGGUUAGCUGCCCAGACUGGGUGGAUUGGUGCUGUGGCUAGGUUUUGGGAGAAAACAUAUGCGGCGGAUUAUCUGGGGUUUGCGUUACUUUUAACAGCGUAUGUACUGCUUGUGGCCUUCGUCGAACCUUUCCACCGCCUCUUUUUUAUCAGUAAUAUCAAUAUUCAAUAUCCCCAUGCUUUGAAAGAGAGGGUUCCUGUUACUUGGGGUAUAUUUUACGGUUCUGUAGUACCGUUAGUAUGUCUCGUAAUCUGGCUAGGGAUAUCAAGGGCAGGAGUACACAAAUUCCAUGUCACGAUUUUGGGACUGCUUAUAAGCGUGGUCCUCACCCUCUUCAUAACAGACUGCAUCAAGAAUGCCGUCGGUCGUCCUCGACCAGACCUCAUAUCUCGAUGCAAACCCGCACUCGGCACACCAGACAACGUCCUUGUCUCUUUCGAUGUCUGUACCGAAACAGAUCACCAUACUUUACAUGAUGGGUGGAGGAGCUUUCCGUCUGGACAUUCGUCCUUUGCGUUUAGUGGAUUGGGAUACCUAGCUCUGUUCUUUGCGGGACAGAUGCACGUUUUUAGACCUAGAACUGAUCUUGCGAGAGCAUUGCUUGCGAUUGCGCCGCUUCUGGGUGCUGCGAUGAUUGCUAUUAGUCGAUGUGAAGAUUAUCGUCACGACGUUUACGACGUAACAUGCGGGUCCAUCCUCGGUAUGGGUAUUGCAUAUUUCUCCUACCGACGAUACUAUCCCUGCCUGCAUUCAGCGAGAUGUAAUGAGCCAUAUCAAUCACGAGCCUCGACGUUCAACGAAGGAUUCGCAAAGAUCAAGAAUGACGAAGAGGUCGCUCGACCAGCGAGGGAGUUCGAAUUGAGUGAUCAUGAUGACGAUGAUGGGCAUUAG